GGAAUUCUUGUCCGGGACUAUAAAACAUGACGUAAAAAUGUCUAUUUUUUUUUCUUUUCUUUAACUUUUUGUUUUUUUUAUUAUUAUGAGUGACGACCCUAACCAUCCAACCAAAGAGCCUUUUACUUCGGCUGGCAAGUCUACAACAGGUGGAAACAGUAUUUUAUUCAGCACAAUAGCAACACCUUUUGCAGCUGUUGGUGGCUUCGUCGACCAAGUUACUCGUAAAGUGACCGAUAUCAUUUCUCCUAAAGACCCAGAACCCACACCUACUGCUACACCCACCACCAAAGAAUAGUGUCUAAUGGAAUCUUUAUUGUACAAAAAAAAAU